GAUUCGGUCAUAUGCACUUCUCAAUAACACCUUUGAUUCGAUAAAACUGAUAGAAGUUUUUAUUCUUCCACUAUCUCCACGAGCAGAAGAGAGAAAUAAGGGAUUGUUUUAAUUCUCCCGAUCUCUGUGACUGUGAGAGAGAAAAGAAACCCUAAGAGGGGUCGUGUAGGUUUUUUCUGAUCAGAUGCUAUUGGAUAGGAGCACGAUUAGAUAAGAAACAUGAUGAACACUUCUAAUGGAAUGAUAUCAGCACCAUCUUCCUCCUCUUCACCUGCCGCCAAUCCUCAGUCCCCUGGGAUUAAAACUUAUUUCAAGACGCCGGAAGGCAAGUACAAGCUCCACUACGAGAAGACUCAUUCAUCUACCCUCCUUCACUACUCUCACGGCAAAACCGUUACUCAGGUAACGCUAGCUCAGCUUAAGGAAAGAGCUGCUCCUUCGACUCCAACUGGUACUUCGUCUUCUGGUUACACUGCUAGUAGCGGAUUCCGUUCAGCAACGGCGAGAUUGCUAGGCACUGGAAACGGAAACCGUGCGCUUAGUUUCGUUGGAGGUAAUGGAGGGGGCAAAGGUGUGAGUACUAGUUCAAGGAUUAGUGGCUCCUUUGCUGCUUCUAGCUCUAGCACGUCGAUGAUGACGAAUACAAACUUUGAUGGGAAAGGAACUUACUUGGUCUUCAAUGUGGGUGAUGCAAUUUUUAUCUGUGACUUGAACUCACAAGAGAAGGAUCCAGUAAAGUCUAUCCAUUUCAGUAACUCAAACCCUAUGUGCCAUGCUUUUGAUCCGGAUGCUAAGGAUGGGCAUGAUUUACUUAUUGGGCUUAAUUCUGGGGAUGUGUACACUGUAUCGCUGAGACAGCAGUUACAGGACGUCUCUAAAAAGCUAGUUGGUGCUCUACACUAUAAUAAGGACGGCUCUGUGAAUAACAGCCGUUGUACUAAUAUUGCUUGGGUGCCUGGAGGUGAUGGAGCAUUUGUCGUUGCUCAUGCCGAUGGCAAUUUAUACCUGUAUGAGAAGAACAAAGAUGGUGCCACUGAUUCAACAUUUCCUGCUAUAAGAGAUCCUACACAAUUUUUAGUUGACAAAGCCAAAAAUAGCAAGAGUAACCCUGUUGCGAGAUGGCAUAUCUGUCAAGGUUCAAUCAACAGCAUUGCAUUCUCAAAUGAUGGGUCACACUUGGCGACUGUUGGAAGAGAUGGUUAUCUUCGCGUUUUUGACUUCUCAACGCAGAAGCUAGUAUGUGGUGGAAAAAGUUACUACGGUGCUCUGCUCUGCUGUUCUUGGAGUAUGGAUGGAAAGUACAUUUUGACUGGAGGUGAAGAUGACUUGGUUCAAGUGUGGAGUAUGGAUGAUCGGAAGGUAGUGGCGUGGGGUGAGGGACAUAACUCAUGGGUAAGUGGAGUAGCGUUUGAUUCCUAUUGGUCGUCACCAAAUACAGAUGGGUCAGGAGAGCAUAUCAUGUACCGUUUUGGAUCAGUUGGUCAGGACACACAGCUACUUCUCUGGGACCUUGAAAUGGACGAGAUAGUGGUACCACUUAGGCGACCUCCAGGAGGAUCUCCUACUUACAGCACGGGAAGUCAAUCGGCUCACUGGGACAAUGUUAUACCGGUGGGAACUCUUCAGCCCGCUCCUUGCAAGCGUGAUGUGCCAAAGCUCUCGCCGGUCAUAGCUCACCGUGUUCACACCGAGCCCCUCUCCGGCUUGAUGUUCACACAAGAAUCUGUGGUGACGGCUUGUCGAGAAGGUCAUAUAAAGAUCUGGACAAGGCCGAGUGUCUCAGAAACACAGUCUAGCAGCUCAGAAGCAAAUCCUGCAAUUGCUAUCUUGAGCUCAAGCUUUCCUAAAGACAACAGAGGCUCACUGAGCAGCAAGAUCGGUGGUUCUAGUUUAAAGUAAUAACAGAGAUCAUGCUGUCUGAAAACCAGGUGCUGUAAUUAUGUCAUGUUCUCUCCACAUCUAAAGUGGAAAGGAAACCGGUAAAGAAAAGCCCUGUGAAUAAAGAUCUCUGCUGUGAAAAAAUCUGACUGUAUAUUGGAGGCUCUGACAAACUUGUGGGCAAUAUAGAUAGAAGAAGAAGCUGAUGAUGGGUGAGAGACUAGAGAGAAUUUUCUGAUGUAAUUAUAAGAACAAGCAAAAUAAGAUGUUUUGGUUUUCUAGGUUCAUGGCAGAAAGACUUUCAUCAGCUAAUAACACUUCAGUGCCUCAGAUGAAGACACUUUUUUAAUGGCCUUUGCUUGUUUCUAUAAAUUAUUAAUUACUGAAGUCAUUUUUUCCAUUACUGGAGUCAUUAUGAGUUCAUAUUUCCUAUAUAGGCUUUAUUUGUAGCUAACAACUUAAAAUAUUACUUCCGUUUCAUUUUAUUUGUCGUUCUAGACUUCAAUACACAGAUUAAUAAAACAUUUAAUUUUGUA